AUGGGGAAGCUGCGGAGUGUAAAGACGGCUUCCAUCUCUCAGGACUUCAGCCCCGCGGGGGCCGCCUCCUCCCCGCUGCCCCCAGCCCCGCCCCCCGCGCGCGAGCGCUGGAGUCGCCGCGCCGAGUUCACCCUCGCGUGCACCGGCUACGCCGUGGGGCUGGGCAACGUCUGGAGGUUCCCCUACCUCUGUUACCGCAGCGGGGGAGGCGCCUUCCUGCUGCCCUACCUCGUGAUGCUCGCCCUGUGCGGCAUUCCGCUGCUGCUCAUGGAGAUGUCCGUGGGCCAAUACACGGGGCUGGGACCCGUCAGGGCCCUGGCUGCCAUCUGCCCCCUCUUCAAAGGCGUGGGCCUAGCCACGGUGGCCAUCUCCUUCCUGCUCUGCAGCUACUACAACGUCAUCAUCACGUGGGCUCUCUUCUACCUCGUCAACUCCUGCCAGGAGCCGCUGCCCUGGCUGAGCUGCAACAACUCCUGGAACGAGGUGGACUCCUGCUCGGACGGAGUGGCUCGCCCCAACUCCACCCUCCAGUCCUCCAGUCAGCAGUACUACAGCAAGCGAGUGCUGUCCAUGAGUGGCGGCCUGGAGCAAGGCGGCGCCCUCCGCUGGGAGCUGUUCGGGCUCCUGAUCCUCGCCUGGGUUCUCGUCUACCUCUGCAUCUUCAAGGGGGUCAAGUCCACGGGCAAGGUGGUGUACUUCACGGCCACCUUCCCCUACGUCAUCCUCCUGGCCCUGCUCAUCAACAACGCCAUGUUGCCGGGAGCCAUGGACGGAAUCCUCUACUACAUGAGCCCUCAGUGGGACCAACUACUCAACACGCAGGUGUGGGUCAAUGCUGCCGCUCAGAUCUUCAACUCCAUUGGGAUUGGGUUCGGCUCCCUCAUAUCCAUGUCCAGCUACAACGCCUUCGACAACAACAUCAUCCAGGACACGCUCUUCGUCUCAAUCAUCAACUCGGCCACCAGCAUCUUCGCCGGAUUCGUCGUCUUCUCGGCCAUCGGUUUCAUGUCUCACACGCACGGCGUGCCCGUACAGGACAUCGCUACGGACGGACCUGGCCUGGUGUUCGUGGUCUACCCCGAGGUGUUCUCCACCCUGCCCGUGCCCCCCCUCUGGGCUGUGCUCUUCUUCUUCAUGCUGCUCUGCCUGGGCCUGGACAGCCAGUUCGCCAUGGUGGAGGUGAUGGUGACCACGCUGAUGGACAGCUAUGGAGCGACGCUGCUUCGGCUGCUGCGCAGGAGGGAGGUGGUGGUGGCGGCGGUGUGCGGCCUCGCCCUGCUGCUGGGCCUGCCCAACAUCACGCAGGGAGGCAUCUACUUCUUCCAGCUGAUGGACCACUACACAGCCAUCAUCUCCCUCACCUUCCUCGCCUGCUUUGAGGUGGUGGCAGUCUGCUUGGUGUACGGGAGUUCCAGGCUCAGCAGCAACAUUGAGGAAAUGCUGGGCAGGAAGCCGAACAUCUUCUUCAGGCUCUGCUGGAUGGUCGCCUCUCCCUGCCUCGUUACCGCCAUCCUGGUAUUCAGCGUGCUGCAGUACGAGCCGGUGCGCUACGGGGACUACGUCUACCCAGCCUGGGCCGAGGGCCUCGGCUGGGUCGUGUCGCUCCUCUCCAUCGGCUGGAUCCCUCUGGGCAUGGCUCACACCCUGUACCACGCGCAGGGCACCCUGAUACAGCGCCUCAAGUGGUCCGUGACCCCCCGUGCGGUUCGCCGCUCCGACUGGGAGGCGCCGCAAUCCAAGAGGCGCCCCUCCCCAACUCCCCCUCUGGUCACGGCGCAGACGGCGUUCUAGCGAGGCUCACCGCAGGGGCCAGGCUCACCUGGUGAGGC